GCGUAAAGAUAUUGCCACACCGUCAUGUUUGGCAUGCUUGUAGGCUCUGUAUUCGAUGGACUUGCGGUGUCAACAUCUCUGCUCAUGGAGCUGCAUUCCUUGAUACAGCAAAGGGUGCUAGAACCCCCCACAUGGCCACUGGUGUUCGAAGCGUCUUUCUCGGAGGCGUACGAAGGCUUUUCAGUAGUGCCCUCCUCGGGUCGCUGGUAUUAUCACUACAACACGUCCAGCGGAGGAUCGAAGCGGUGGAGAGUGGACCACCUGGAGCCACAGCGAAACAAUUUCUGCGGCUGCGUAUUGCCGGACGAGUCCUCUUCUUGCCAGCUCUUCUUCACCCCCGAUGGCCUGUAUGUCAACUUCCCAGCGCUGGACAACGAGUGCUGCCGACUUUGUACUGCCGAAGGCGGGUGCUCACCGCUCAAACCUGACUGGCUGUCCAGGGCACAUCCCACUCGCUCAGCUGGCGCUGAUAUUAUCGACGGCCGCCAGUGCUACCAAUAUUGCACCCCAGGGGCCCAAUUCCUGGACUGCAUGAGCUAUGACGCAUUUGGAUGGCCUUGUCGAUACUCCGAGUCGUGGAGUCCCAGCCCAACUUUGCACAUUGUGCACAACUUGACGUUUACGUCUUGGACAAACCACAUCAACGACCCCCAUAUAUUUGACCUGCCAAUGCCGUGCCAAACUCCAUGCCCUCGGCAGUUUCCAGCCUGCAUGAACCCCAACUAGUCCAACUAAACGUUCAUGGUAGCGAUAGCCGUACAGACUAGUAUGUACCGGUGUGGUGUGUGAUAAUCGUUCAGCGAUAAAGAUUGGGC